AUGUCGUCCCUGCCUGCCGUCGGUGGCGCUCGACCCGCUGGAUCCGCCUCUCCCGUCAACGUCGCCCAGGACCAGGCCACCCGAGGACGUCAGCACCGAGGCGCGACAUCGACGCCGACCCCGCGCGGAGGACGAUUCGGCCGCUCUCGUUCGCCCCUCGCCGGUCACCGCGACUACGCCGACACGCCCACUUCCAGCACCGGCCGUUCCAGCAUUAGGGACUACGCCGCUGACGCCACGACCAGCCGCAACAACCCGCACGAGCGCUCGCACGACGUCGACGGCAACAGCAACGCCGCACAGGGAGCCGACAUGGAGCCGUUGACUCGCCACACGGACGACGCACAGAUGAUGGCCGCCCAGCUAACCCAGGCCCUACUGCAGCUCGCCAACAACGCCACCACUGCGCAGCCGGCCGCCGCAGCCAGCCCGACCAAGAGCUUCGACACGCGACUGGACGAGGCGUGCAGCGCCCACCACUGGGUGUCGCGCGCUCUGGCUUUUUCGUUGAGCCUCCGCAACUCACCGCAUACCUCGACCAUCUCGACCAUCUUCUCGAGCUCACGGACGACUUCGCCGACUCCGCAGUGA